CCUCAAUCACUUACAUUUUUAAAUACUGGUUCGUUUUUUAAUCGUGAUAUCGGACCAAAUGUAUUACCAGAGUCCUUGUCGUACCUCGAGUUAGGUUAUAGCUUCAAUUUACCAUUUAAAGCCAAUGUUUUACCAAAGAAUUUAAAGACCCUCAAAUUGGGCUCCUUAUAUAAUAGAGCAUUUAUCAAAGGCUCUCUUCCCGAUAGUCUCGAGUUAUUAAUAAUUGGAAAUCCUCAAUAUAGU